AUGGAAGCAGACAGCUCCGAAUUGGGUUCUGAAACGGUACCGGACGUGGCUCUCCUUGAACCGGCUUCCGAGAAGGAGGAGCGCAUUUUGAGAGUGCAGAUUGAUACUUCGGCUCCCUUCGAAUCCGUGAAGGAGGCCGUCACCCGAUUUGAGGGUCUUGGCGUCUGGACAUCCAUCCAUGAUAAUCUGUCCACUCUUGAGCAGCAGGGAGCACCAGAGCAUGACACUGGGAAGCUAGAGGAGGAAGCAGCAGUAUUGGAGAAAGAACUGAUCCUGAAAGAAAAGGAAACUCUGGAUGUCUUGAAAGAACUGGAAAGCACCAAAAGGCUCGUUGAAGAUUUAAAAUCAAGGCUGCAAAAGGAAGAAUGUGAAGCCUAUUUGAAGAACAAAGAAGAAGAUAAGGAGAACCAAGUUAAUCAAUUGGACACGUUGAACCGAGGCUUUAGUCCCUACCUUUCAUCUGAACCAGGUCUGAUAUUAAUGGAGCUGAAGCAGGCCAAGUUGAACUUAACCAAAACUACAAAUGAUAUAGCUGAUGUACGAGCUUCUGUUGUAUCGCUUAAUAAGAAGCUAAAGACGGAAAGAGCCUCACUCGAGAGAACCCGUGAGAGGUUAACUCACAGUUCUUCAAAAUUAUCUUCUCUUGAGGAAGAGUUGAGCCAGACAAGAUUAAAACUUCAAGCUGCAAAAGAUGAUCCGUCAGAUAUCACAAAAGAGCUCCACAGGUUGUGUUCUGAGGCAGAACAAUUCAAAAGAAUGGGAGAAGCUGCAAAAUCGGAAGUCUUGAGAACGAUGUCUGAGAUUGAACGGACAAAAAGCAUGAUAAGGACCGCUGAAUUAAGAGUGGUUGCUGCUAGGAAGAUGAAGGCGGCUGCUAGGGCUGCAGAAUCAGCUUCCUUAGCAGAAAUUAAUGUCCUAUCUAAUAAUCUCACGGAUUCUUCUCAAGUGGUAACUCUCUCAUUUGAAGAGUAUCAUGCUCUAACAUCUAAAGCUCUAGAAGCAGAGGAAACUCGAAGAGGAAAGUUACAGAUGCAAUGCUUCAAAUUGAUGAAGCCAAUUUAUCAAAAACGGAGAUCCUGA